UCGACUUUGCUCCAAGAUGACCAAAAAAAGGAGAAACAACGGUCGUGCCAAAAAGGGCCGCGGCCAUGUGCAGCCAAUUCGCUGCACUAACUGCGCCCGCUGUGUGCCCAAGGACAAGGUCAUUAAGAAGUUCGUCAUUCGGAACAUCGUCGAGGCGGCUGCCGUCAGGGACAUAUCCGAAGCAAGUGUCUUCGACGCUUAUGUGCUCCUCAAACUCUAUGUCAAGCUGCAUUACUGUGUGAGCUGUGCUAUUCAUAGCAAGGUGGUCAGGAAUCGAUCUCGGGAAGCUCGGAAGGACCGAACACCCCCACCACGAUUUAGACCUGCUGGUGCUGCACCACGACCCCCACCAAAGCCCAUGUAAAGUGGCUUCGUAGAGACAGAAGAAAACACCUUGGAAAAAUAAAAUGGGACUUAGA